AUGGCAAUACGAGCUUUAUAUUUCCCUCCCUGCCUGGCUCCCUUCGCCGAAUCAUUUCCCAUCAAAGUCUUCAAGUUCAAGGCCAAAAUAGAGGUGGGCAAUUCCUCAUUUGAGCCCUCAUGGCGUCUCCCAAGAAAUCAAAGAAAAGCAAGAAAGAUAGGAAUAUUGAAGAAAAACUUAAGCUUGGUUCCAGUCGAGCCUGAAGCCCCAGACUCUGGCUGGUGGGAUAGUUUCUUCAACCCAAGACUUGGAGAAUAUACAGACAUUGAAACACAUAGUCGGGCUUUGCUUGUUGUCAUAGUCUAUGAAGCCGCAAUUCACCUCUGGAAGGUUGACAAGUUUGACUUUGUUGUCUGCCUGAGUGCCUAUAUCGACUUCGUUUUUGGCAGUGUUGAAAUUGGAUUAGUCUUAGCGGUUGCAAUAUCUGUGAUCAGGGUACUUUUGUUUGUGGCAAGGCCAAGGACUUUUGUUCGAGGAAACCUUCCGAAUUCCAUGGUUUACAGAAAUGUUGAGCAGUAUCCCAACGCAAGCAAUAUAAGUGGCUUAUCUAUGGGACUGGGAAAGAGACAUCCCACUUUGUUUGAGAAGUGUAGUGCUUCAAGUUACCAGUCGCUUCUAACCAAGGCACACAGGUUGGAGAGGACUUGA